CCCUGCUUUGCUCCGGCCUCACUGGUGCUAUGGGCGCGCGCUCAGGCCGAGGCAGCCAGCCCAACGCGUGCGCCGCGCACGGCCAAAACCCCGGCGCGCGGGCGGAGCCACCAAAAAACCGCCGCCUGUCCGCCUCCACCUUCCCGUGCUCUCCCCGCCGCCUCGGCAUCGUAGUAGCCAAAAACGGCAGCGAGACGCGCGCUGUCUCUUGGCAAACCACCCCGCCACCCCUUCGCUCGUUCGAUUGCUCUGCGAGCUUAUCCGACGCCGCGGUCACUUGAGAGCCCCGAUGGAGUUCGCCGCCGGCGCUGGGGUGGCCCCGCGCCUGCGCCUGCGCUCGCUGCCCGCCGGCCCCGUCCCCGGCCGCAGCGGCCGGGUCAUGGUGGGCGGCGGAGGAGCGAUCGGCAUCGGCUGGGCCCGCCGCGCGACCGCGCCGGGGCUCUCGCUGGCACCCGCCGUCGCGAGACGGGCGGUCUCCGCGGCGGGAGGAGGCCACCUGCUUCACGGGCGCGUCGUCGUUCGCUCAACCGGCGACGGCGGCGGCCGUGUGGGGUUCCGCGGCGAGGACGCCGAGGGUGAUCGAUCACCCGCUGCGCGCGCCUCACCGUUGGAUGGCGCGAAGGGCGCGACUCCUGCGCCCAAUGUAGUUCGGGAUCAUCCUGGAGGAAUUAGGAAGGACCUCAUGAAUCUGGCCGUACCGGCCAUAGUUGGACAAGCAAUCGAUCCUGUGGCGCAAUUACUGGAAACCGCAUAUGUUGGCCGCCUAGGUCCUGUGGAGCUGGGCUCAGCUGCCGUUGGAAUGUCAGUAUUCAACAUUAUAUCAAAGCUCUUCAACAUACCCCUCCUAAGUAUCACGACAUCAUUUGUGGCUGAAGAUGUGUCAAAACACGACUCUUCCAAGUCUGCUUCGGGAAAUAUAUCUGACAAGAUUGGAGAAAGGAAGAGGCUUCCUUCAAUUUCUUCUGCUUUACUCUUGGCAGCUGCAAUUGGUGUCAUUGAAGCCUUGGCUUUGAUUUUGGGGUCUGGAAUACUCCUCAAUAUUAUGGGUGUCUCACAUGCAUCAGCUAUGCACAAUCCAGCAAGGCUAUUUCUUUCUGUAAGAGCACUUGGUGCUCCUGCUGUUGUUGUUUCAUUGGCUAUCCAAGGUGUGUUUCGUGGAUUGAAAGAUACAAAAACACCUCUACUUUACAGUGGUUUGGGCAACAUCUCAGCUGUGGUUCUGCUUCCUUUUUUUGUGUAUUACCUGAACCUUGGAUUGACUGGAGCUGCACUUGCAACUAUUGCUUCACAAUAUGUUGGUAUGUUUCUACUUCUUUGGUCUUUAAGCAAGAGAGCAGUUCUAUUACCACCGAAAAUCAAAGACCUAGAGUUUGUUGGGUACAUAAAAUCUGGUGGCAUGCUGUUAGGGAGAACCCUUUCAGUUCUGAUAACAAUGACUCUUGGGACUGCAAUGGCUGCUCGGCAAGGCACAGUAGCUAUGGCCGCUCAUCAAAUAUGUCUGCAAGUUUGGCUGGCAGUAUCAUUACUUUCGGAUGCAUUGGCUGUUUCUGCCCAGGCACUGAUUGCAAGCUCAUUUGCUAAACUUGACUAUGAAAAAGUGGAGGAGGUCACGUUCUAUGUAUUAAAGGCAGGAGUGUUCGUUGGUAUCGCUUUAGCACUUCUUCUGUUUGCCUCUUUUGGUAGACUUGCAGAAGUAUUCUCCAAAGAUCCCAUGGUUAUACAAAUCGUGAGGGGUGGUGUUUUGUUUGUUAGUGCUAGCCAGCCUAUCAAUGCCCUUGCUUUUAUCUUUGAUGGACUCCAUUUUGGUGUCUCAGACUUCUCAUACUCAGCUUCCUCCAUGAUGGUAGUUGGGGCAAUAUCCUCUUUGUUUUUGCUGUAUGCUCCACAAUUUUUUGGGCUUCCUGGUGUUUGGGCUGGCCUGGCUCUUUUCAUGAGUUUGCGUAUGACUGCUGGAUUUAUGAGAUUGGGAUGGAGAGCAGGGCCUUGGUGGUUUUUGCACAAGAAAGAACCCAAAUAUAAGUUAGUGAAAAUGCAGCAUUUUUUUAAUGCUUACCAUUGAGUCAUGCUGCAAUCAAGGAAAUGUUGAUCUCUGGAACUGAUUAAUCAAAUGGCAAGAUUAUGAUGGAGAAUAGAAGUUAUGAAAGGCACACUACAAUGUCGAAACAUGUUUACUUUUAUGUUGACUCCUGUGUAUGUUUCAACCAUUUGGUGAUUUUAGAACUUAGAAUUUGAGAGUAAAGGAACGUCAGACAAAGUUCACUUGUAGGUGUCACAUAGGCGAUGAUUGUUCACUAUCUCUAUCCUCUCCGUGCUUGAGUUCAAACUGUAGAUAGAAUAUUGCAGAAUUAUUUAGACAGAUCUGUUUUUUUUUUAAGUUCUAGACAGAUCUGAUGGGUUCAAACUUUACAGUUGAAACAUCAGAUAGAUUUUGCUUGCAGUCUUUACAUAGCGAAUGAUAGUUCAUCAUCUCUCCUC